GUACAGAAAAUAGGGUUAAUUGUUAGAAUGGAUAGUCUUUAUUCAUUAGAUGUUUCACAUUUAGACAAGGAUUUAAAAGAUAAAAAUGCUGUACAUAAACGACGAUCUUCUGUUUUUCAAAGUCGUACAAUUGUGUUUGACAAUGAUGAAGAGAAUGAAAAGAUGGUUGAUGAUAAAGAUGCAGCAAGAUGUGUAUCUAAAAUAUCGGACUGGAUAGAGACUUUAAAACAAAGAAGGACGCUGCGAAAGAAUCUUGCAAAACAAAAAUUGUGUUUAGAAAAUCAAGGUCAACCUAUUGAUUUAAAUAUUCUAACAGAGUGUGAAAAAGUCUUUAUCGGAGAACGACCAAAUUAUCAAAUCAUUUAUAAAAAUUAUAAAAAGCUGUCAGACACAGUUGUACAAAUAUCAGUGUUACAUAAACUGGUAUACAAAUUAAAUGAAAAAUUUAUUUUGCAAAUGGAAAGAAAACUACGUAAACUUACUGACAAAAUUAUUGAAAAAUCAGAUUCAUGA